ACUUCAAUGCCAGUGCUUGGAAGGGAAGGGAAGGGAAUGCUUGGACCUGACAUCCAAAUCCCACAAUCAUUAUGCCUAGAAUGCCCAAACUGAUGGUAAGGCCUGGGUGACAAACUCUGAUUAGGUUCUGGGUCUGUCAUUUUUUUCAUGACGCUGUGUCAAACAUUCAAGUGAAAAAGUAAGUUUUUGUGAUGCUCAAGAAAUUUUUUCAAGUCAUCUCAAGUUAGGUGGAAAACAUCUCAAACAUGAACUUUAAUGGUGAUGUACAAUUUUCAGAAAAUAAUUUGCAUCUCCUCACUGCGGUGGAAAUUCACAUUGGUAUACUUCAACAUACAAAAUGAGUGGGGGAGUCUAUGGAGGCGACGAGGUGGGCGCGCUGGUGUUCGACCUGGGCCACUACUCGCUGCGCGCCGGGUAUGCUGGUGAGGAGGCGCCCAAGUCGGAGAUCCCGGCCACGGUCGGCGUGCUCGAGGAGGCCACGGCCGCCGCGCAGAUCGGCACGCCCAUGGAGGUGGACUCGGCGGCGGCCAAUAAGGACGCAGCCGCGCCCAAACGGAAGUACUACAUCGACACCAACGCGCUACAUGUGCCCAAAAAAGACGUGGAGGCCGUCAGUUACAUGAAGGACGGCAUGAUCGACGACUGGGACCUGUUUGAGAACGUGCUCAACUACGCCUACUCGCAGUGCAUCAAGUCAGACUCGGAGCUCCAUCCAGUCCUCAUGUCGGAGGCGCCGUGGAACCACCGCGGUCGGCGAGAGAAGCUCACAGAGCUCAUGUUCGAAAAGUACAACGUGCCGGCCUUCUUCCUGGUCAAGAACGCCGUGCUGGCCGCGUUCGCCAACGGCCGCUCCACGGCUCUGGUCCUGGACAGCGGCGCCACACACACCUCGGCCGUCCCCGUGCACGACGGCUACGUCCUCACACAGGGGAUCGUCAAGAGCCCGCUGGGCGGGGACUUUCUGACGGCUCAGUGCCGUCAAUUUUUCGCACAGAAUGACAUCGAGGUGAUCCCGCCGUAUAUGAUUGGCGGAAAGGAGGCGGUGAAGGACUAUGAGAAGGCCAAGUGGACGCGGCGACCCAACCUGCCCGAGGUCACCAAGUCGUGGCAUGACUACAUGGUCAACGAGGUGGUCCAGGAUUUCCAGCAGUCGAUCUUGCAGUGUGUUGACGAGUACAGUGAGGAGACCAUCUCUCAGAUGCCUUCUGUUCCCUACGAGUUUCCCAACGGAUACCAUCAGGACUUUGGCUCGGAGCGGUUCAAGAUCCCCGAGUGUCUGUUCGACCCGAGUAACAUCAAGGGCGUGGGCUCGACGAUGCUGGGGAUGGGCAACGUGGCGCACAACGCGGUCAGCAUGUGCGACGCCGACCUGAGGCCGAACCUGUACGGAAACGUGGUGGUGACGGGUGGCAACACGCUGCUGCAAGGCGUCCCCGAGAGACUCAACAGGGACCUCUCACGCAAAACGCCACCGAACAUGCGUCUGAAGCUGAUCAGCGCACAGGGCAGCUCGGAGCGCCGGUUCGGCGCCUGGAUCGGAGGAUCCAUCCUAGGAUCGCUCGGAUCCUUCCAGCAGAUGUGGAUCUCGAAACAGGAGUACGAGGAGGGCGGCCGAAGCCAGGUGGAUCGCAAGUGCCCCUGAUUGACGGACAUCAGCUGCACCUCACGGGAUCGCACAUGGUUAGACCAUUUGUGGGUGGCAUCUGACUCAAAUUGGCGUCACUUGAGACUGCCUGAAUCGAUGGGCUCUCGCGUUCGGCGUUAUUUUCGGUCCUUUUCGAUGGCGCUGCCUGUGAGGAAGACAAUCUCUCAUCUCAGCCCUCAUGAAAAAGCAUGCGAAGACUGGCAAUGGAAGCGUGGAGCGCAGUGCGCGGUGAGGUUUUGACCCUGAAUGGACCGAUGGCUCAGUGCAGAAUGUGGGAUAAGGUCGAGCCUAGUGGAUAGAAGGCAAAUGGGGGAAGGGGACAGGUGUAUCGAACAGGCCGGCGAACGGAACAGCGGUUAUGGGUCAAUGAUAGCUACCCCAGCUAUUUGGAGCUUCGCGAUCCGGAGUGUCUGCGACUAGAUUUCAGCGUUGUCUGUGAAACGCUGUAACAUAGGCUGGUCCUGGUCAUAUUCAGUCCAGGUAUGUGGAAUUCUUACCGCUCAGCGCCAGGUUUUUUCUUUUUGUUGCUCUGACUGGAGAAAGUUACAGAAUUCAUGCGUUCCAGUGUGGGGUCUGAGGCUUUUUGAAGCCUUAUACAUAUUUUGCAUUAUCAUCUGCAUCACUUUUUCAAUCAUCUUGUCAGCGUCAUUGUCGUAGUUUUGUCACUGAGCUGUGCGGCAGGUAACUGUAAAUGCACUAUCUGCAAGGCG